CUCCUCUCGUUGCUAUUGGCAGCACGCGCAAACACACGGCAGGCCGACUUUAUGGAACCCGAGGAGGAACCUUUGCAUAAUAUAGGGGGAAAUGGUGAUGGGGAAGAUGUUGUUGGUCGACCUGCGGUGCCUCCUCGCGAAGCAAGUUCCGACGACCCAUCUCCAACCCGCAACGGGAGAAGCGCUCGGCGCACAAGUUCGGUCUCAAAAACAGCAGGACCGCCGCCAUACCGAUCUCGUAGUGUCGCGACUCCCCUCCCAGCGGCGUUCCCUCCCCCUCCGAGGGGUCGAGUCGCCAUAGCAAACGACGGCGAUGGCGAUGAGGAACCGAGUAAUGGCACAUCGCCAGAGAUUGAUCAGUCGCGCGUUUCCGCUCAGGGGCUGGAUGUCGGACAUGAGCUGGAGCUGUCUGUUCCGUCCCAUCAGGAGCAUUUGACGGCAGACGGGCAAAGGUAUACCACAUAUGAGGUAAUGGUGCGGAUGGGAGGACGCCAGUGGAGCGUGCGGAAACGUUACUCGCAGUUCGAUCAAUUCCGGAUGUCGCUCCGAAAACAGCACAAGGAGGUAGGCUCUUUCCGGUUCCCGCACAAGUCCAAGUUUAACACCUUUGCCGAACACACCAAGGAACGGCGAAGGACAGGGUUCGACGAAUUCCUUCGACUCGUGGCCAAUCUUCACCCAAGGCCGGAGGAAGUGGACGUGUUCUUGGCGAUGGACGAGCAUGGAGCGGGUGUGCGUGGAAGGCCUGGCAGCCGACCAUUAGCCUGGACUAGCACGAAGACUUCCCCGUUAAACCCGCCCCCCGGCCCUGCUCUCGGGCGAGUGUGGUCAGGGAGCGGACGUACGAACGGCGGGAGGCGGUUGGCCAGUGGUUCGGGGGUUGUCCGCAAUCCCAAAGGGGGUACUGCACACCGCAUCCCACGGUUUCCACCACUUGCCGAUCAGGGGCGGAAUGAGAAGGCCGCUGAGGCAGCAGCGGCGGCAGCGGUGGCGGCGGCAGCUUCGUCAUCGAGAAACGGGCUAUCCGGGGUAGUGCAGCAGAACGAACGGCGUCCUACGCCUCCAGUCAAAGCGACAGGUCCCGGGCUGGAUUGCGUCCGCCUGUGACUCGUCGGGAAGCUGGACGGCGAUGACGACGUUCCAUUUGGGACAGCGCUCGUCAGCAAGAAGUUGACGCAGUUCACGGUCCGUGUUUGGAAAACACGUGGAGCCCGUGGCAGCCUGCCAGCAACAAAUGCUUGAUUGGCCGUUCGGAGAGGAAACCGUUUCCCCCAAAUGUGUUUUGCGGCCUCUUUUUGUUGUUGUCUGGUGCACACACCCGGUGGCGACGUCCACGAAGUGCAUGUCUAUCUAGAACCACGGCAGUGCAUGUGUGUUUUUAACCAGUUGCGUUGAUUACAAGGUAGAACGCAAAAUCAUGCUGUAAAGGUUACAGUAGCCUGUGCGGCAGGUUGGCUUUGUAGCUCCUGGAUGGUUUCAUGUAACUUCCACGUCAAGAGCUUUGACGAGGUGUAAAUAAGUAUGUUGCUGGGUGAAUUUGAUUGUCGCGCUGGGGAUUGGUACUGCCUCGCCAGGCGUUGUGUAGCUGCUGUUGCUCUGUUGGUCUUGCAGAAUGCAGAGCUCCAGCGGUGUUACGGAUUGUAUGCAUACAAGUGUUCCCAUGCAGUGAUAGAUAUCCACGAGCGUAUACCACUUCUAAAGAACAGCAUCAGCUCACCAUGCCACUUCCUACCAUGAAUAUUGCCACAGAAACCGUAGCAACAGGCCUAUAUUGGUUCGGGAAAUGACCCAAGCAGCGUGGUGCCACAUACAUGCCCCGCGCUCGGAUCACUCACGAUGGAGAGGCUACCCACACAUAACCAGCCCCACCCGCCAAGAUACCCCUUAUCGCAUGCACGUCUGUUCCGGGUGAGGUACUUACAUCACUGCACAUCUCUCAUCGCAUCUGUGCUGUUAUUCUUUUAUGUUAGGUCAGCCGAAGACUGUGAUACCGUCUUGCACGAGGGCUACGGUGCAAAUCGCAAAAAUUGAACCAACAUUACACGUCCUACCACGUUAGCAUCGCGCAAAUUGGGUCCUACACACUCCCAAGCGAUUCAUCGGAUGGAGCUUGAAGCUUGAGUACUACUCCCAGCAGCAGCGCCGCCUUUUGCACCCCCUUUCCCUGCCAGGGCUUCUUGCGCUCCGUUUUCGCCUCUGCCGGCGGAAGUUACCGAUUCACCGCUUGAGGUUGGGUCUCUACCCUUUUCUCGCUCUUCUGCUUCACUCUUCUUGGCAGCCGCAUCUACUUUCGAUUCUCCCUCGUCCUCGUCUUCCUCAUCCUCGUUGUCGUCGUCGUUGUUCUCGGGCAACUUGA